UUUACACUGCAGAACAUCAAAGUGCUGAGUUUUUCUUCCCCAAAGAGUUAAAUCACUGCAGGGUUGACGAAGAGACUGUAAUUGGGGGAGUACAGCUUAAUGUGUAAAGAGCCUUGAAUGUUCUCCGUGGUUAGUCGUUGACCUGCAUCAUUCCUUGGCAUUUCCCCGGACCGAAGAGCAUCAAAGUACUUGUGAUGCAAUGUUUCGCUGAUACCUCCCCGGAUUAAACCAACAGCUCUGUUUGCAAGUAUUGCAAGGCAGCUGGUUUGUUGAUUUGAGGUUAGCAUUUUGAUUCGGGCUCCAUUAACCAAACAAUGCAAGUCUCAAUUGCUUGCACCGAUCAUAAUUUGAAGGCACGGAAUAACGAGGAGAGGCACAAGCAGAACUCCAGCAGCCCGAAAUUAGGCAAUGGGGCCCGUGCGAAAUUUCGGACGGUUGCUAUCAUUGCCCGAAGUCUGGGGCACUUCAUACCCCAACACCACAUGUCUUUGAAGGAAUCAACAGCAAAGCAGACGGGGAUGAAAUAUAGGAAUCUGGGAAAAUCAGGACUUCGAGUAUCUUGUCUGGGACUUGGAACCUGGGUAACAUUUGGAGGUCAGAUAUCUGAUGAGGUGGCUGAGGAACUUAUGACAAUUGCUUAUGAACAUGGAAUAAAUCUAUUUGAUACAGCAGAGGUGUACGCAGCUGGCAAGGCAGAGAUCAUACUUGGAAAUAUUAUCAAGAAAAAAGGCUGGAGACGAUCAAGCCUGGUGAUAACAACGAAGCUCUACUGGGGAGGAAAGGCUGAGACUGAAAGAGGUCUUUCUCGAAAACAUAUUAUCGAAGGUUUAAAGGCUUCUCUGCAGAGAAUGCAACUCGAGUAUGUUGAUGUUGUAUUUGCUAAUCGACCAGACACCAACACUCCAAUGGAAGAGAUUGUCCGGGCGAUGACAUAUGUGAUAAACCAAGGAAUGGCCAUGUACUGGGGUACAUCCCGUUGGAGUGCCAUGGAGAUUAUGGAGGCCUAUUCCGUGGCAAGACAAUUUAAUUUGAUCCCCCCAGUCUGUGAACAAGCAGAAUAUCAUAUUUUUCAGAGAGAAAAGAUUGAGGUCCAACUCCCUGAGCUUUAUCACAAAAUUGGAGUUGGGGCAAUGACUUGGUCUCCACUUGCCUGUGGAAUCAUUAGUGGGAAGUAUGAUAUUGGAGUACCCGAUAGUUCACGGGCUUCUUUAAAGUGUUACCAGUGGUUGAAGGACAAAAUUAUCAGUGAGGAAGGAAGGAGACAGCAGGCUAAACUGAAGGACCUCACUCCGAUUGUGGAGCGACUGAGCUGCACACUGCCCCAGUUAGCAAUAGCUUGGUGUCUGCGCACAGAAGGUGUCAGUUCAGUACUCCUCGGAGCCUCCAAUGCAGAACAGCUUACAGAAAACCUAGGUGCCAUACAGGUGCUCUCAAAGAUGACAACACAGACCGUGACUGAGAUUGAUAACAUACUUGGCAACAAACCAUACAGCAAGAAGGACUACAGGUCCUAACUUAAAGAAGCAUGACAUUGACUGGGAAUGCAUGAUGAAAGUGGUACUCUUUACUUGCUGAACCACUGUCUGGUUAACAUGAAUCUAAAGCUGUUUCCUGCUGAAUUCCCACAGGUGCAUGCCAAUGCCAUGAGAGUGUGUGUUUUUAUCCGAAGCACAUCCCUAGGUUAUUAAGGUGGUUUCUGAAGUUUAUUACUCAGCAAAACUGAGCUCUACUUUUAUCUCUUUGCAUUAUGAAAAAAAAUUACAUCAUGCAAGUCCACAGCUUGUGUAUCUUUGAACUAUUAAUUCCAGUAAGGUUUAAACAAGUAUUCUUUUCCUCCCAUCUAAACCUCAUCCUGCAUAUUGCUGAUCAUAUACAUUUCCUGGCUUGCAUUUAGCUGGAACUUUUGUGAUUUUCUUAGAACAAGAGUCCAAGUGUGCUUACAUCAAUUAAUUGACACCCAGUGAUGGAUGUUGCAUAUCUUAUGCUUGUUUUAACUUGUUCUUGAUUGGGUACCAUCUGCAAUGGUCAAAGCUUAACUUGCACUGUAACUAUAUUGCAUUCACUUGUGGUAAACUACAUUGAAUUUCUUGACCAAACUUUUGGAUACCUUGUUCAGAAUGGAAGUUUAUUUAAGGAAACUCCACAAAAAAUCUUAUAUAAAUGUCUAGUUUUUAAUGCUUUCAUUGAAAUGGGGGGGAGAGAGAGAGAAAAGGAAACAGAAGUUAAAAGCAAAUGUAUAUUGACUGACUGUGAUACUAGUGUCCUCAGGAAAGUUGAACUGGGGCCUUGAGCUUUACUAUGCCUGUCAGAUAUGAACGAGAGAUGUAUUACAAUAUUUGAAAGAAGUACUGUCAGGAGGCACAAGACAUUGCAUAUUUGAGAGCAGAAAGUUAACAUUAUUUGGAUAAGGUGAGUGGGCAGGGUAAAAGUGCCAAGUUACACACAAUGGAUUCAAGAAAGACAAAUCAAAAGGUGCAAGUACACUAUUCAUUUUUUUAAAAAAGCUAAUAAAGGAGGUAGAAAAUAUACUUAGAAGGCCUUCAUAGUGAGAGGGGUUGAAGUACAUGGCCUAAGACUGACUAAGUCAUGUUCAGUUUUGGCAAUGCACCUUGGGAAGUAUAUUUGGCCCUGAGUGGAUUCCAUGCAAUUUUCUUUGCUGGCAAAGUUCUUAAAAAUAGAGCUAAGCAAUCAGUACUGAUUCUAUCCUCAAAGGCUGUGGAUACUUAAGUUAAUGUUUUUUCAGAAUCAAUCCAGAAGGAUCUAGCCAAGGUAAAACGCCAUCCAAAUCUAGAGGUAUAAAUCAGCCAUGAUAUAAGUGAAUGGUAAGACAAGAUUAAGGGGUUAAAUAACCCACCCCCCCCCCCUUCCCCAUUCAUAUAUUAGAACAAUCUAAUAUAAAUCCAGUUAAUUAAAACCUUUGAAACUUGUAAUAAGAGUCCAUGUUAGUUUCCCAUGCAGAAAACACCUGACAUUACUUAAAACCGGCACAGCUGCAGUGUGAACUACUAUGUGAAUCAAAGUAGUUUAAUUUGGGGAUGAUGAUCAGUAUGUUCAUCCUCACUUGCUUUGAAACAACACAAAACAUAUCUGAGUACUAUGCACUCUAGCUAAUUAACAGAUUUCAUUUAAAGUUCAUAUAUUUGUAGUUUGAUGCUUACAAAAUGAUUUGCAGCGGAUUAAAAUUUGUAUAUACAAAGAGAAAAGCUUGAUUAGGUACAGGUGUACUAUCAGCUAAUUGGUUCCAUUACUAUGCUUUCAUGUUUCUUUUGUUGUUGAUUUGUUGCAUUAUACACUGAAAUCCAGUAGAUUUAUAAUAGCAAUCUAAUUGAUUGCCAAGAGUUAUUAGAUGAUAUUGCAUAUCCUUGGGCUUUAAUUUGGGUUAUGCUAUACACUGUAGCUAUUGCCUGUGUUCUUUAAGGGUGCAACAUCUCAGGAAUAAAUGCUUCAAUUUUUUCUGUUCAAUGGUUUUCAAACAAAGUAGAAGUAAAUUUUAUUGGAAUGUAUUAUUAUUUGUGCAUGACAGCAUCCAGUCCAGACAAAUAAAAAAAAAUUGAACUUA